UCUGAACAUCCUUUUUUUGUGUCGCUGUCCGAAACAACUAUUUUUGCAUUCACGUAAAGGGUUGGCAUUGCUGGUGUUUCCAUCCCUAAGUUAUUGUUCUGUGAUUUUUGACAUUCAUUUGACAAACAUUUGAAUCAUAUGAGCUGACUUUUGUCAUUUUCAAGCGCAGCAACUACAUAAAUAACGUAAAUAAUAAGUUAACAGUAUAGCAGUUCAACAGCUUUUUAAUCAGUUUCUAAUGUCGUGUCGCGGGGAGCAGACGUAAAAGACUUUGUUCAACUGCUCUAAGAGAAAUAUAGUAAAGCGUUGUGAUUGAAAGAUGAGUGAAGAAGCUUUCAUAGAUGCCCUUCCAGAUGAGGUCCUCGAGUAUAUCCUUUCUCUUAUACCGCCUUAUAAAGAUUUACAUCAUUGUAUGCUCGUAUCCAAGAGGUGGAGGCGGUGCGUUCUCAACGUGGUACGCACCAAACAAAGGAAUCUAUACAAAGCCAUAAAUGACUUUGACAUCAAAUGGGAGCAAAGCAGUGCCAAUCAAUCUUCGAUAACAAAGAGAUAUUCACAUACAGCUGUAGUCCAUGAGAAUUCAAUGUUCGUAUUUGGAGGAUGCACCUGUCAUAUGACUACAUUCAAUGAUCUGUGGCGCUUAGAUUUGUCCACAAGACAGUGGGUACGCCCACUGGCUAAAGGAACCUAUCCUUCACCUAAGGCCUGCAGUUCACUUGUUAGAUAUAAGGACUCCCUAGUACUUUUCGGCGGUUGGGCGUACCCUCCGUCCUACCCCUUAUACCAAAGCUGGCACCUGUUCGACGAGUUGCACGUGUACGACAUCCCUGAGAACCGAUGGCGGUGCGUGGUGACUGCACAUACCCCGCCUCCUACAGCCGGUCACUCCGCAUCCGUGAUCGGUGAUUGGAUGAUCGUGAUGGGCGGGCUGCAGAAGACGGCGCAGGCGGUGCAUACGGAACGCACCAACGACGUGUGGAAGCUUCAUAUGCGGGAUUGGACGUGGCAUAAGCAGCCAGUUGAAGAUGGUCCGAAACCUAGUGUUAGAUUUGGUCAAACUCAAGUGGUGGUUGAUGAAAAGAACUUGUUGAUAUUAGGUGGUUCGGGAGGUCCUACUCUACAUUACUGUGAUGCAUGGUUACUCAAUAUGAAUGGCGAUGUAUGGAAGUGGAAAAAAGUUGAGAUAGAAGGAAAAAAUCAUGAACCAAGAAAUAUAUGGAGUAAUCCUGGAUGCAAGAUAGGCGAUAAGGUGAUGGUGCUGAACCGCAUCCGCAACAGCGAUGGCGGCAGGCCCAUAGCCUACUACCCUAAAACGACGUGGGGUGAAGGGGGCGGUGGUGGAGGCAGACAACCUGCGGCUGCAGCUGCGGAAGAUCGACGGACGGCACGCAUCGACAUGGCGCAAAGGCGGCCGGACGUAGACGAGAAUGUCAACGGGAGAAGGGGGACGCUAAGGAGGCGAUGGGCACCUCAACAGGAGGAGGGAGAGGAAGGCAGGAGUAGGAGUAGUGAGGGUGUUAAGAUCAAGGGUCUGAACAAUUCCUCGGGAAUGAACAUGGCAGCAUUCAACGGUCCCGACUUCUCUCGCCAACAAGAAUCCGAGAAGAUGCGCGAGAAACGCCUGGCCAGGCUGUUGAAAGUCGAAGAGAACCUCACGAAAGGCGCUUACAAGAGAGAAAAGAAGACUCACUACCUCGGCAUGUAUCUUUUGGAUAUCUCGAACGUUCUGAGCGACAGACCGAUAGUCACCUGGUUGCCACCGAACAACUUGAAGAACGGCCCCGAGGAGGCCAUGUUGUACACUCUCGUGGAAGGCAAUUCAGAAUUAAUCAUGUUUGGCGGGAUCAAGAACGAUUCAGGCUCGCUGGGCUUCUCUGUCGAUCUCAGCAGUCAGAUCUCCAACACGUUGCAUUUUAUUACUGCCCCCAGCUAUGUAAUAUAAUCGAUUUGAUGACUGCGCAAUUGUGGAUCUGAUUAGUGGGGAUUCUCGAUUGUUACGCAAAAAUCGUUACACGCACCUCGUACAUAGUCGAUAUCGUUGAACGUUUGUAGAGGCUAGAAGCAUUCCAGAACAUGCGACUUCGCCAUUUGCAUCACAUGUUUGUGAAAAGUUUAUUUUGACAAGCUGAUAUUCCUGUUUGGAGAAUCCAAAAAAUUGUUUAUACACAUACACAUAAUAAACAGUUAAUACCAAAAUAAUCAAUUUCCGGCACUCUCGAAGUGAUGUCACAACCCUAACAAGCAUAAUGUCUUCCUUGAACUUGUUAUGAUAUAGUUGGCCUACACAAAUAUUCAGGAUAUUUGGACGUACUUGAAAUUUCAUUACUGAUAUUUGUUUAAUAAUAUGUACAAUCUUACAUUACUUACCGUUUUAGUAUAAAUAUUUUGAAAUUAAGCUUGAUCAAAUAAAACUUCUUGAUUAAUCGUCAGUCACAAAAUAACAUUGAGCGUGUUCAGGAAAAGAAAGGGGUCAUAUACUUAUUUCAGUGUCAAUUCGGUAUCAAAUUUGAUUUGUCAGUGUCCAAUUGAGAUCUAAUCUGAUUUGAUAUCAGAUUGAUCUGGAACUAAGUGCUGCAACGUAAUUUGUUUCCUGAAUUUUCACAGAUAACUUGAUAACCAUUAGUCUAAUCAUAUUAGACGAAAAUACCAUGGUUUGCGAAAUAAUUGUAAAGUCUGGUAUUAUUGAUGCAAGUUGCUCGAGGGGGUAUUUAAAUCAUGGACGCAUAAAAUGGGUACACCGAUUUUUGUGGGAAAACUUUUUAUUCGACAACAAAGAAUGAGUAAACUUGUGUUUUGGGAUUCAAUCGAAAGUGUUGGCAGGAACGAAAAAACUUUACAAACAAUUUAUGAGACCCGCAGAAUGAGACUACACGUAAAAAGAUCCGACUAAUAGUAAAAAAGUUUUGGCCGAAAACCGAGACAAGAUACAGGUUUUCGCACUUGUUGGUAAUGCGACGAUAGUUUUACGUAGAUACAUGAAAUUCUUCAAAUUUGUAUGCUUCAUACUUCUAAAUAACGACAACAAAAUUCGAGUCGAUGUUUGAGAAUUUCUAAUUGUUUAACCCCUCAGUUUUUUGCAUGAAAAUAACAAUUAUGUUUCGGAAUGGUUUGUGAUUCAUGUCGGCAAGGUAAAAUCGUGUAUUUCUCUAUAAAAUGCCCUUUGAACGAACCAUGCUCAGUAAACUAGUAGUGAUGGCCGGAAGACAGGUGUUUUGAGAUAAACAAUUAGACAUUCUCAAAUACUACUUCACCAAUCGACUACAAUUUUGAUGUGGUUAUUAAGAAGUAUGAAGCCUACCGAUUUGAAGAAUUUCAAGUAGCUGCGUGAAGUUAUCGUCGCAUUAGCAACAAGAGCCAUAACCUGCAUUUUGCCUCGGUUAUCGGCCAUAACUUUUUUACUAUUAGUCGGAUCUUUUUACGAGUGGUCUCAUUAAUACGUAAAAACCUUAUUUAGAGUUUUUUGGUUCCUGACUUCACCUUCGAUUAAAUCCCAAAAACACGUUUUCCCAUUCUUUGUUGUCACAUGAAAGGUUUUCCCACAAAAAUUGGCGUUCCCAUUUUAUGCGUCCAUGUUUUAAAUAGCCCGUUGAACAACUUGCAUCAAAAAUACUAGACUUUACAAUUAUUUCGGGGGAAGUUGCUAAUAUGAUUAGCCUACAUUGAUUAACGUAUACUUCAGCCACAGCUUAGAUAACAACUAGCUAUGAAACUCUCCUGUCAGUGUCAAAAACGGCCGCCAUUUCGGCGAAGAAAAUCGCAUAUAAAUUCCCCUAGCACGACGAUGAAGGGGGUUCAGCCAGUGAAUCAAUGAUAAAAGAAGUAUGUUUGUCCAAAAAGAGGCGUCCGAGAAUUGAUGACCAUUUAUGAAAAGGCUUCAGAAAUUUGAAAAAUAUUAUCAUGCGAUAUUAUCAAUCAAUAAAACUAAACCGUUACGCACGUAUAUUGUCUUAUUCUUCGCUCAUUCUAAACAAAAAGGGUCUUUGAUAAAUGCUCUCUAAGGUUGACCGUUCUGAUUUUUGGUAUGUGUAUAGUUUUUGAUUAGAAUGAGCGAAGAAUAAGGAAAGGAUAUUCCAUUUAAAAAAAUGUAUGUUUGUGUUGUCAUGUAAUUAUGUAACCCUGAGAAGAACGGCAUAUUUUCCAAGUAAGCUGCGUAUCAUAGGUGCGCAUAAUUUUCAUAACUAACUUUUUAGGUAUUUAAAAUAUCGGAACUACCGACCGCUGACUCAUUAAAAACUCACCCUGAAUUCACAAGAAUCGAAGAAUUCAUGGCUAAAGUAAAUAAUUUUGCGUUUAUUGUAGAUACUGUAAUCACAAAUUUAUUCUAGAGCUUUUUCAUAGAUAAAUAGUCACCAGUGCUCCGUCGCCUCUUUUUGAACAAACAUACUGCUUUUUCUUAGUGAUUCACACAAAUUACACUAGAUCGUAUCAAAAUCGAUUAAGAUUGGAAAUAAUACCUGCGGUCGCUGGUAUAGUGCGUGGCAAUACCGGCUGCUGCUGAGCACUAAAACCGCUUUCAUCAUUGUACUAGACGAAUUUACAUGCGAUUUUCUCCGCCGAAGUGGCCCGUAUUAGACACUGACAGGAGAGUUUCAUAGCUGACUGUUAUCGAAGUUGUGCUUCAGCUUAACAGGCGUCAAUUUUUGGUGUUGGAAUCAAAUAAUUUCCAUCAAGAACGUUUGAUAAAGCUGACUAUGUGAAAGGUGUGUACAUUAGCACAAAUAAAUGAAAUAUUCAAAAAGUGUAAACUGAUGAUUAAACAGAAUAACAAAUGGCUAUGGCAGUAUGGCCUAAUUAAGUGAUAAUGAUGUGUUCUGAUAGCUGUGUUCUGAUAAUCUAUUUACUCAGUUUAGUUAACUACAAUAUUCAAGAUUUAUUUUAUUUUUCUGUUAGGGUCCUCCUUCAUCAGGACUCAAUGGCCUUUUGAAAUACAGGGUGACUCAUCGUAAAUUUCCCUUUUUAACAUGGUAUAAAAACGAAAUUAAAAGUGUUGCGAUAAUCUUAAUCAUAAAUUUUGGAAGUACAGGGAUGCGGAUUUCAGUUCUUAAACACAAUAUUGUCCAAAUGUUAUCCAUCCUGCUCAUAGCACUCCUCCAAUGAUGCUCUUAAAUGUUGGUCUCCGCUGACACAUUUCAAUAGGAAUGUUGUUAAUUUUCUGACGAAUGUUAUCUUUUAACUGCUCCGUAGUGGCUGAACGAUCGGUGUAGACGAUACUUAAAUAUCCCCACAAAAAAAAUCGAGGGGCGUAAGAUCUGGCGAUCUUAGCUGGAAAGUGGUGUCUCCAAAUUUCAAAUUAACAGUUCUUGGAAACAGUUCACGUCGCUCCAUCCUCUUGAAACCAGGUCUCGUUUGGGCCAUAGCCAGGAAAGUUUUGAAAAACAGGAGUCAAAAAUUUCUGAAGCAUUGCUGUGUACCUUUGGCUUGUCACAGUUAUAGAGCAGCCCCGGGCAUCUUCUAAAAAGUAGCGCCCAAUUAUUCCACUGUAACCUUCUUGGAAUGCAGUUGUUUUUGAUGUUUUUCUUUUGAGUUGUUAUCACAAGAGUACCGACAGCGAGCCUCAUCGCUGAAUAGAAUGUGGCCCAAGCCUCCUUCAUCCCAAAACAUAUUAAACAUUGUCUCACAAUGAUUUUUCGGAUUUCGUGGCCCGUAGGUUUUAAAAACUGUACCAAUUGAAUUUUGUACGGACGAAACUGUAGGUUUUGGUUGAAAUCCGUUGAACACUUGUGCGAUGAAUAUGCAAGGCUGAAUAUUCUCUGGCGUUCUGAUGGAUUUCUGUUUCCCUGGGCGCCACUGUACCUGUUUGUUGAAAUCUUUUAAUCCAGGAUUUUACUAUAUUUUUCGACGGAGCAUCACGUACACGCCGAAUAUUGUAACGGUUGCAAAAAACUCGCAGUACCGCGACAUAGGAAUCGUUAGAUUUAAAGAACGCCGCUACCAUAAACGCACGUUGCUCGUUCAAUCUCUGCUCCAUGUUUACUGACAAUCCGCACUUCCUCCACCACUGUUAAGGCGGUUGUACAGGGCGCGUUCGAAAAGGGAAAUUUACUCGGAGUCACCCAUAUGGCACCGUUUUGACGUGGUGACUAGUGGUGACGAUUUUUUCGGUGUCUCCAAGGCGAUGACAUGUCAAGGAGCUGCCGUAUAUUUCAAGUUAGUUCAGCUACUAUGCUGGCGACCUCCAUCGCCAUGACACCCCGGCAAGGAAGUGCCAUGAGAUAACGAGAACAUAUUUAAAAAAUCCUGUUUAAUAUUUUACUCGUUUCGCAACAUUUUGUUGUUUUAGUUUUUUCGUUUUACGUUUAUUCACGAUGAGCAGUUUCUUUUCUGUGAGAAAUGAUCCUUAUUAUUAAUUAGAUUUUAUGAAUUCUUGAGUUGCAGUCAUCUGCAAGCUUACCUGUACAGUUCCCUCCGUGUGUGUUUUGCGUUAUUUGGAAAAUAUUUUUAAGUGUAAAAUAAAUAUAUUUGAAUGAGCGUUAUUUGACGGUGAAGUGUACUGUGAAAUUAUGUAGAUAAUAAGGACAUUAUAAGUGAUAAGAACAAAAUGUUCAUGAUUCCCUUUUAGUAUUGCCAUGGAUUAAAAUGAAGAUCCGGUUUUGUUGUAUUUUUUUUAUUGUGAAUAAAUUUCUUUUUCAGUCCAAUAAAAUGUUUAUAUCAA